GCUCAGAGAAUCCAACAUGGAGCGAGGAGGAGAUGAGGCUCGUCCGGGGCCAUCCUCACCGACACCAGCGCACCAUUUUCGGUCACCGCAUUCCAGCCCGAUCCGGCGGGGGAGGAGGUAGAGGAGGCGGAAGAAGAGGAGGAAGGAGAGGCGUAGGAGGAGGAGGAGGAGGAGGAGGGGAUCGGAUGCGCCUCUUCGGAUGCGCUCCAGUAACUGAGGAGUGAGAGAAGGAGGAGGAGGAGGAGGAGGAGGAGGAGAGACGGUUAUCCGAGAACACAGAACACACACCGGGAUUAAAGAACCGAGCGGAGAGCGGGAGAGAACCGGAGCUGCCGCCGCGUCUGCCGCUGCCGCUUCUGCCGCUUCAGCCGCAGAAGGGCGAGGAAACAUGAAGACACCGCACUGUGCAGCCGCGGCGGGAGUUUAUUAUUACCGGAGGUGAAACGGAAAAAAAUGAGCGAGGACACGCGCCCAGACGAUGACAGCUACAUUGUGCGCGUCAAAGCGGUGGUGAUGACCAGAGACGAUUCGAGCGGCGGCUGGUUGGCUCAGGACGGCUGCCUGAGCAGAGUGGGCGUGUGCAGGCUGCUGCCGACCGAACUGCUGGGACGCAACACUUUCCUCAUCCACGGAGAACGACUCAAAGACAAACAGGUGAUUCUGGAGUGUUUUCUAAAGAAGGAUCUGGUCUACACGAAGGCCACUCCAACCUUCCACCACUGGAAGGUGGACAACAAAAAGUGCGGUCUGACCUUCCAGAGCCCGGCUGACGCCCGAGCUUUCGACCGUGGGGUGAGGAAGGCCCUGGAGGACCUGACAGAAGGUUCGACCACGUCUUCGUCAACGCUGCAGAACGAAGCAGAGCUCGGAGAUGAUGACGUUUUCACAACCGCCACCGACAGCUCGUCCAACUCGUCUCAGAAGAGAGAGCCGGCGAUGCACGCCCUGGCCCCGCCCAACUUCUGCGAGCCCCGCCGGCACCACUGCAUCCUGGGACAUUUCUAUGAGCAGCACCGGCCCUCCGACCACUACUUCCUGGACCAGGCGGUGCACAUGUUUCCUCGUCACGUCAGCUUCCAGGUGGAGGAGGAAGAGAUCGUACGCAUCAACCCUCGCGAGCGCACCUGGCUCACCGGCUACGAGGAUUACCGCCACGCCAACUCCACGCGAGACAAACUCACACAGCCCGACAACCCCGACGCCUAUGUUCACUUCACCAAGAGCGAGCUGCCCAAACACGACUACUCCUACCCGUACCCGCUGAGCUGCGACGUGCAGCAGGUCUGCGACGGUAAAUCAGGCUGCAUGGAGCUGGGUGGAGGCCACAGAGCGGUGGUGACGGUGCAACCGCAGGCUCUGCAGCCCAAAGGCAAACGGAAGAAGGAGGACGGCGAGCGCUCGCGCUGCGUUUACUGUCAGGAUAUGUUCAACCACGAGGACAAUGGGCGGGGCCGGUGUCAGGAGGCGCCCGACCCCAUCCAGACCUGCAUCCGGCGGGUCAGCUUCAUGUGGUGCGCAGACAGCCUGUUGUACCACUGCAUGUCAGACCCGGAGGGGGACUACUCGGACCCGUGCUCCUGCGACACCAGCGACGAGCGCUUCUGCCUGCGCUGGGCAGCGCUAGUGGGGCUGUCGCUGCUGGCGCCGUGCAUGUGCUGCUACGCCCCCCUCAGGGCGUGUUACCGCUGCGGCGUGGCCUGCCGCUGCUGCGGUGGGAAACACAAAGCUGUGGGCUGAGGUGUCCCAGGCCACGUCCCCCUCACACGGACUGCAAAGACUCAUGGGAGGAGGUCACGUUUUACGUUGUUUUUUGUUUUUUUGUCGUCGUCGUUUGUCUCGUCUCCGAUUUCCAGACGGAGGAACUGGAACUCGUUUUGUUUUUUUGUGAUGUUGGGGAUUAAACAGCCUCCAACUCCCACAAAGACUUAACAAAGAAUAUUCAUUUAUAUAUAAGAUUAUAUAUAUAUAUAUAUAUAUAUAAAUAUAUAUAUAAAAACAGGUACUUUAUAUUUUUACACUCGUGUUUUAAAGGCUUGAACGUGUCAUUUCUCAGCGUUGUGUGAGGUCAGUGUGAAUGUUGUCGUGUUUGCAGAGAGAACGACACGUUACAAAACAUUUCAGACCGAACACGUUUCAGGACGACGUCAUUUCAGAAAGAAAAAAAUCUAAUGUGGAGGAUUCAUGUCAGUUGUUAAGAAAUUAAUCUUCCUGAGUGUUGAUCAGUCUCAGUCUGUGGAUGUUUUGCAUCGUGUCGGCUGCUCUGCUUCGCCCCCCCCCCCAACAGAUAAACCAGUUAAAUGGCAGAACCCAGUCCUGAAUUUUCCAGAGAGGAAAACAAAAGUCCAACAGCACUGUAUCUGUACCUGUACCUCAUCCUCCUGCUGUCUGUUACUGCUCCAUCUUCACUGGUUUGUGGUUUGGACAUUUGUCUGACGAGAAGAACAAAACCUGUAGAUACUGAAGCUGUGUGUGUGUGUGUGUGUGUGUGUGUGUGUGUGUGUGUGUGUGUGUGUGUGUUGAUAAGACAGGUUGAGGCUGUCAAAGGGCUGGACAACAGGAACAGAGGAAACUUCAGAAAUAGAUAUGUGAACAGUUAAAAGUGAUUCUCACUGUCCUCAGAUACUAACUCGUAGUUUUAGGUCAUUAAAGUGAUGAAUUUAAAGAAAAUGUAGUGACGUCUCUCUGAGGCCCAGUCUGUGUCUGCAGGGAACAUAUGUUUAUGAAAUGUGCACAAAGUCUUAAAAUGCAGAUAAAGUUUGUUGAGAAAACCUUUUGAAGCAGGUGGAGGAGCUGCAGCCGUGGAGUUCAUCACGAUGAAAACCUGCAAGUUAACAGAGAGGAUCAUGGGUAACAUACAUGACUGGGCUGUGUUUGAGUUCAACAAACAUGCAUGUUAACACUUUGUGCUCAUGAGAUCCUCCCACAGCUCAAACUGGUGAAUAAUCUGCAGCAGGUCUGAGAAACCUCGGUGAAGCUGAAGGUUUUAGAAAGUCCUGGUCCUGAGGUCAGGUGUUGGACUUUAUCACAGCUCUGAGAUCAGGGUGUCUCAACGUGGACAGCGGUCAGGCAGCCAUGUUGCUAAUGCUAAUGUUAACAGCCAGAAACAGAGGUCUGAGGAGACAUGAGGUCCAGGUCUGCUGCAGGUCUCAGCCUCGGGUCUUAGAUCAACAAGAAACACUGACGGAGGAAGAGACGGGAAACUCUCUCUCUCUCUCUCUCUCUCCCCAUGAUCUCUUGUCGUUCAUAGAUUCUCUCCUUUAUUUUUCUCAGUGGUGAAGGAAGUGGCAGCGUCACCUCAGCUGUUAAAGGAAAGUGCCUGAAGUCUCCUCUUCACCAUCAGUCCUCCUCUUCAUCAUGAAUCCUCCUCUUCAUCACAUCCUGACAUCCAUUUCAGAAAAAUAACUGUGUAAACAAAAAAAAAAACUCAAGGGUUGAAAUCAUCAGUUUGUCUUUUUAUAUAUAUUUCACAUUUUUACUGAUGUAAAAAUCUCCAUAUAUAUAUAUAGUCUAUAUGUGUGUGUGUAUAGACUAUAUAUACACAGACGUACAUGUAUCAGGUGAUGUACAUUUUCAGUUCUAUUUUUUUAUUGUUUCUAAUAUGAUGGACAUAAAAAAGAGACAAUGAGACGUGUAGAAAUACAAAUACAUCAUCUGGAAACUACAGAGACAACUACACUCUGUGUGUGUGUGUGUGUGUGUGUGUGUGUGUGUGUGUGUGUGUGUGUGUGUGUGUGUGUCAUUAAUUAAACACAUUAACACUUUUUCAGAUUAACUGACACCAGAUUCUGGUUUUAACAUCCGGUGAUGUUUGACAGAGUUUCAGGUCACUGAGACUCGUCUGAUUUUACCUCCUGGUCUCAGCUCGUCUCUGAGUCACAGACUUUGCUCAAACGUUCAUUUGGACUUGAGGGUGAAGUCAUUAGAUGUUGGUGGUCAGAGGUCAAAGGUCAGACAGAACAUGUCUUUAUAAGAAUUAACUGGACUGAUACACCCAUGACUCUAAUCUGGAGACCAUUUUGUGGGUUUUCAGACAUUUUAACUAAACAAACAUUUAGAUCUUCAGAUCAAGAAGUUCUGAGGUUUUAAGACAUUUGGAGGAUUUUGGGAAACAAAUCCCAGAAUCAACUGAAGUUUUAACCUUUGGAUCAUCAGUUAGAAUUACACUGAGACUUGUGUUAUGACGACAACAACAUAUUAACACUGAUACACCUCUUUACAGGACUCGAACUCCAUGAACAUGUGAAGUUAGACAGUCUGACCUGAUGCUUUAACAUCAACUUAAAUUUGAAUUCUGAACAAACACAAACUUCAUAAACAGCUCAGUUACAGGGUUUUACCUCCUGGGUGUAUCUGGUUCCUGACUGCAGGUCUGGAGCCUGCAGGUCUGGAGUCUGCAGGCCCACCUCACUGAGUCUGAACAAUUGACAAGAAUGAAGAGAUGACGUUGAAGAAAAGGAACAAAUGUUGCUUUGACAAUAAUUUCUAAAUCCACGAUGUCCAGUGAGAUUCAGAGUUGUGUGUUUGACCUGCAGUCAGGUUUACACCUGAAUCAUCAGAUAACACCUGAGUGAAGUCCAGUUUCCCUCCAUGAAAAACAGGGGGAGCUGAUGCUCCGAGGACGAAGAAGAGAAUCAAACGUUUGUGUUUGAUUCCUGUGUUAAUGUGAAGAAAGCUCAGGUCUGAUGUUUCCUCUCUUCAUGGACGUCGGUGUUUUUUUAUGCACAAACUGAAAAUGUAAAUUUAAACAGGUGAAUCCAAGAGGACAACGUCUACACUGUCCUGAGGGUGGUGCUAGAGGAAAGGUCGUCAGGUUAAAAGAGAUCUGGGCGUAAAGCUGAAAUCUGAUGUUGUCUGUUGUCAUGUGUGUGCUCUCAGAGAAACUAAUUCAGCAGAAAGACAGCAGCUGAACUGCAACAGGACUGUUCAUAGGUCCAGUGUCCAGACUAAACCACGUCACCAAGAACAACGACUCAGAGACCUGGUUUUCUGUGUGUGUUUGUGAGGACUCUGUCGGGCGGGGACUCUGGUCUGGGUCUGAUUUACCGAGGCCCCAGUGAGUCUGCCUGACUGGCUUUGUUUACUGUGAUGAAAUCUGGAACAAAUGUGACUCUGAUAGACCACCAGACCCUCCACCCCUCCCAUCCUGCUGUGUGUGUGGUGUUUCCUGGUCUGACGUGUCCUCACCAGCCAUCAGCAGCUUCUGGACUGACUGAGAUUAACAUUAUUUUUUGGUUUGUUUGUUCUUGUUUAUUAAUCCUGAGGGAAAUCUCUGUGUUCACCAGCUGCUCUCUGACUGUCUGUAGUGAACAGCGGCUUUUCAAAGCUGUCGGAUCUCUAGCUGGUGGUUUCUUUUUUGGUCAGAAUGAAGUUUUGUAGAAAGUAGUUUUAAACUCCAUGUUUUGGCGAGGACGAGAACAGAUACGGAGCCUGGAUUUUACAUUUUAGUAUUGAAAAUAAAAACCUGAACAAAACUAGAAUCAUCUCCUCAUGGUCAAACGUCUCCACCAACCAGUCCAGUUACUGUUAAUUAGCCUGUUCUGACCUCAGUUCACCUCUGAGUCUAGGUUCCCUCAAGGAGUUAAUAAGAUGCUGCAUUUGCAAAGCUACAAAUGUGUUUUGAAGUAACAGUGACUUUGACCUUUGACCACCAAAUUCUACUCAGUUCAUCCUUGAGUCCAGGUGAAUGUUU